ACAACACUGCUUCGGUACUUCAAUUUUGACUUUACUGAAUUCAAAGCUCUUUCAGCAAAAAAGUUAUUUUUACGUUUCUCUCUCUUUUAAUGUAGCCGACACGUAGUAAUCGGUAUUUCGAAAAUUAUCCAACUCUGCUUCGGUACUUGAACUUUGCCUUGACUGAAUUCAAGGAUUUCUUAGCGAAGAAUUUAUUCCCACAAUUUGUUGUUUGAAUAAAUCUCAAUUCAAAUUCCUUAUUUGGAAAAAUUUGGUUGGUGGGUUUUUAGAUUCAAUUCCUUCUGUCUGUGAAGCGGUGCACAAGGACAAUGGAGGCUUGCAGCAACGAAAUCAAAGAGCGUGCUAUGCGACUUAAAAGAACAGCGUCUUUUUCUGGUUCAGAAACUGCGAAUUCAGGGGAUAGGGCAAUAAAUAGCCCUCGCACAAUGCGCAGAAAAAUAAUUGAUGCACCCACUGAAAAAAAUUAUGAGAAUGUGAAUGGAAACUCAGCUGAGUUGUGUUUGGUGGAAGAUGAGCAAAAUUGCAGACAAAAGAACAUUAAUGGGAUAUCUUGCGAUACGUCUUCACCUGCUCUUGGAGAAGAAGAGAAUUUGACCCUUGGUUCUCUGCAUACAUCUAUUUUGGUUCAAGUUAUUUGUAAUGUCUCGCACGACGAUCUUCAGUCACUCUCCACCGUGUCACAGAAAUUUGAGGAAGCGGUUAAUGUGGCCAGGCAAAUUCAUUUUGAUUACAAGACUCCAGUUCGUAUCAAAGCCCCUAAGAGAACGGCUAAUUCCUUUUUCCUUAAAGCGCCCAAGAAAUCUGCAAGUUUUAAGAUGUCAAGGUUAUCAGCUCAAGAUAUCAAGGAACUUCAAGACUCCACACGACGGGCAAGAAUGAUGAUCGAUGAUCUGUAAACCACGGUCAUUUCUUCGUAUCAAGAACCACACAGCCAAUCAGUCUCGUUGUCAUGGGAUAUGCACUCUGCUUGUAAGCAGACUGUAAAGUUCAGUUAUGGGUUUGGCUUCUCUGUUUUGUGUUGCUGAGAAAUUAUGUACUUCUAUUGUAUGCAAGAGUCCAGUUCUUUGAACAAUAUGGAAUUUUGAUGGUUUUGGGGUUAUGUAUAUAUUGGUAAUUCUGCCAUUUCACUCUUGUGAAUAUAUUUAGGAUACAAAGUAUUUCUUCGUA